CGAGCUUGGGGUUGACGCGUGCGCGGUGGAGGUUAGCGGCAGGAGCGCGCUUGGACGCGGGGUGUGCACUGAGGAUAGAGCAGCAGAUGAAGUGUUGGAAGCACAAAGGAUUGCGUUAUGGCCAUCUUUGACACGCCAAAGGAGGCUUUUAAUGUUCUGCGUCCAAUUUGUGUUAAGAUAACGAAGGAGCAGACUAUUAGUAACAUACAGUGCCUUCAGUCAGAACUGCAGAAUGUUGGAGAUGCGGCAUUACAAGAUCUGCAGGAAUAUGUACUGUUUCCACUCAGAUUUUCACUGAAGACACCUGGUCCAAAGCAAGACAGGCUUCUCCAAAGCAUCGUGGAGUGCAUAAAUUUUAUUAUUUCUCGAACAUGUGUACGGAGUCAGCAACUUCUCCAUGAACUCUUCUCUGAGCUUUCCCUUUCCCUGUCCUCUCCGGGCAACCAUGGAAAGCUAGCCAAGACUUCUGAAGAGCUUAAAAUGUCUGCCAUCCAAGGACUUGAUGCCCUACUGCAUUCAGCAUAUGGUGACAUUGUUCUAAGUUUAUAUGAGCCAAAUAUGCUUCCUGUCCUUGGUUAUGUUAUUUCUGUGCUCUUAAGCAUUGCUGAACAUGAGAAAUCAAGACAGCUCCAAAUUCAUGCUCUGAAAUGUUUGUUGACCUUGAGUUUGCAAUGUAAGUGCUCAGAUACGCACUGUUCUUUUGACAACAGUGACCUGAUUCGUGUUGGAGACACAUUUGCCUCGUUUUUGCCUGGGGUCACUUUAGGAAUGACACGCAUAAUUUCUGGAGACGUCAAGCAGGGUUACUUAGUAACGACUCAUGCCAUCAGGGUUUGGUACAAGGUGGUGUGUAUUGUCAUGGCCAACGAACAACUGUCCAAUGUCGAGCUUGGCAAAAAAUUGGCUUGUACAAAGGAAAGUAAGCAUGCUGAACUUGUAAUCUGCAGAAAGCCUGAAUGGGUAAAAAGCACAGCAAGCAAACUGGAUGUGUUGCUGCAGAAGCUAUGUAGUUGUGCUGCUGGUCAUCCACAUUGGAAAGUACGACUGGAAUUGGUUGAACUGCUUCACCAUUUGCUGUCACAGUGUAACAAAUCACUCAAGGAAUCCAUCAGCCAUCUUCUGGAAGUUCUCAUAAGGCUUGUAGGAGACGAAAGACUAGAGGUGCAGACAAGAUGUACUGAAGUUUUGAAGCAUGUCUCUGUGCAGUGUGUGGUGUGUGACAACAGAGAUUUCAUGGAUGUACUCUCAGAGAACCUGCAUGCAUUUGCAACAGCCCUUCCAAGACUCAUGAGAACUCAUGAUGACCAGAAUAAAGUGGCGUCAUUAAAUUUGUUGCUUGGUUACUUAAGAUUGUUAGGUAGUAAAGUCAACAUCGUUCUAAAUUCAACUGUUCAUCUUAGGCGUCUUUCAAAAGCACUGAUGCAAAUCCUAGAGUUGGAUGUUACAGAUGUGAAGAUUGUGGAAGAAAGACAAUCGACUUCUGAAGCUGCAAAUCUGCAGGAGUCAACACGCUGCUCAUCCAGCAUGGGUUAUUUACAAGCAAUUGACAAGCCUGCUACACAGAGAAAAUACUUCAAAUAUUUUAAUGAAGGACAUAUAUUUACAUUGCUUCUACAGGUUUGCAGGCUUUUAGGUUAUUAUGGUAACCUCUAUCUACUGGUGGAUCACUUUAUGGAACUGUACCACGAGUCUGUAAUGUACAGGAAACAGGCUGCACUGGUGAUUAAUGAACUAUUGCUGGGAGGUGCUGGAUUAGAUGUGAGUGUUCUGCAUGAAAGAGGAACUCCAGUUAGCACCGAUGAUUUGAAGGCAACCAUCAUAUCUGUUGUUGAAGAAUAUACAAGCAUGGACAACUGGCACUUGGUAACAAGUCUGGAGUCAGAAUAUCAAGUUGGCCUCCAUAAAAAUCAUGCAAAACGUCAGGUUUUCGCUGAAGGAAUCCAAAGCAGUUUCCAAUACUCAACUUUAACAGUUCACUCUAUGAACAGCAAUAUCUGGCAAAUCUGCAUCCAGCUCGAAGGGAUUGGGUAUUUUGCUCGUGUGUUAAAGAAGGAAUUCCGUUUGCUUUUGAUGACUACUCUUUACCCGGUGUUAGAAAAAUUUGGAGCUGAAACCGUGCUUGUUAGUCAAAUGGCAAGAAGUACAUUGGUAGACAUAUGCCAAUCAUGUGGCUAUAAUUCAUUUCAGGAAUUGAUAAAUCAAAAUUCGGACUAUUUAGUGAACACCAUUUCACUGAAUUUGAGAAGAUUAGCUCAGCACCCUCACACAACCUGUGUUAUCAACGUUAUGUUUAGCUAUUCAGAUGCCAGCUUUCUGCCUCUAGUUGAUGACGUGGUUCAGGAUGUGCUCCUCUCUCUUGAUCAUUACCAUAGUGAAAAUGCUCAGCUAAUUUUUACUGUCCUCCACUCCCUGUUAACAGCCAUUGCUUGCUGGUUUCCACUCACGGAUUCCGAUCAGAAAGUGGGGCAAUUUCAUGAAGCCUGCAGGUCUGGUACCACGGCAGAAGAGAUCCAGUGCUUUUUCCAGGAAUAUCAGAACCUAAAACGUCUAGCAGAAGGAGAUAUUGAAGGCAUCGAUCUGGACCAAACAGAAUGUGAAAUUCCCAGUCAAGCUGAACCUAAUGUGAACUAUGACCACCCUGAUGUGAAGAAAGAACUGCCGGCUCAUAUCCAAAUUACCAAGGAUGUGAUGGAAAGAUGUAUUCACCUCUUAUCAGACAAAAGCAUUAAAUUGCGACUGAAGAUCUUGGAUGUUUUGGAGCUGUGUGUAAUUGUUCUCCAGAAUAAUCUGAAUGAACUACUUCCAAUGGUUCACCGUGCGUGGAGUCCCCUUGUACAGAGAUUGACCAAUGAUGAAGCCCUUGUUGUCCUCAAGGCAUUCAAGGUGCUGUGCACACUGGCUGAUAUAUGUGGUGAUUUCCUGAGGAGCCGAGUUUCUAAAGAUGUUUUGCCAAAGGUGACCAAAACUUUAGUAAGUCAAGCCCUGGUUAGUGUCAAGGCUGGGCCCAUCUAUAGCCACACACUCGCCUAUAAACUUCAGCUAGCUGUGCUUCAAGGACUUGGAAAAUUAUGUGAGAAACUGGAACUUAGUGAAGUUGACUUGGAUAUGGUGGCUAGCAGUUGUUUAUCAUAUCUGAGCAGCAGGCAGCCAAUAAAACUUCAGGAAGCAGCCUGCAGUGUGUUUUCCCAUCUGUCUGAAGUUGACCCUGAUGCCAUUUGGCUGAUUCUGAAUGAACUUUAUUGUCCAGAUGCUUACAAUCCACCACACACCAGCCUUCCACCAAUUCGGCUCACUGGAAUGGGAAAACCAAGGAACGAAUUCACUGAUAAUGUGAUUCGGCUUUUGAAGAGCUUAUGACACAAGUUGUGGUACCUGUAAACAUGUUGGGUAUCUCAACAUAAAAAUCCUCUCAUUUGGUGCUUUGCAUGAACAUUCAUUUUGGUGUAAGAAAUGCAUUGAGUGCAGGAACUUAGUUACUGCAGUACAUAAUUUUAUCUGAUGGACUUAACACCAGCUUCCUCGGCUUAUUUUAUGUCAUCACCAAAGAUGUAAGUACACAGACUUCAUGAUCUGUGACUCAUAGAAGGAUUUCACACAUUAAACAACUGUCAUAGUGAUCUUGUUUACUGCAGAGGCUGGACCUGUGGUAGGCUAGAACACGCUUGCUGUCUUCUGCUUGUCUCCACAAAUAAAUCAUGCACUUUAGAGAACCCCAAGGCAGUCACAAAGAACUUAGUUGAUUGGUGAGUAGUUGGGUUGAGAUUUACAGCUGUAUUAACCCUGUCAAACUCCUUGAAUAUGCACUCAAAGUCUUGAGCGUACUUCAGAUUUGAAUAGAGUUGAGUCUCAAAGCUAUUUCACCAAUUUUAGGAUUCUUACCAAAGAGCUGUGGAUAAUAAUGUGUUUAUUGCUGAAACUGAUCUGUAUUGCUGACCUUGGAGAAACCACAGAAGCAUAGAUGUGCUUUUUUCACAUUUAGGCUGGUGACUUGAUAUUGAUCGAUUCUUGACUAGUUCCCAAGAGGUCCACCUUAGAGAGUCUGAAGGGAAGUACAUUACUGAUAGGUAGCUGAAAUUUGAGCUAUUGAGAAUUAAGUACAAACUGCCAUGAGUUAUUGCAGCAACUUUCUGUCUUACUUGUUGCAAGUCUAAGCAACGAAGGUUGCUCCACUAAUAAGUCUGAAUGUCAUAUCUUUAGGAUUUUGUAUGUCCUACUAGUUAUCUACAGAAUUGCUUGAACCAGGAACAUAAUAGAUUCCUCGUGUGUAUCAUGUAUACUUGGCCUUUUUUCAGAAUGUAUAAAUUGUUAACUGCACUGUGGUACAGGUAGCAAGAAAGAAUAGGAGUUAAAGACAUUCUUGAUUGCUCAAUCCGACUCUGUUCCUUCAAAACGUGAUGGGUGGAGAUAGCUGUUUUUCUUUCAAGACCAGAAAACAUAGCAGAAUUAGGCCAAUCUACCUAUGGUGUCUGCUCCACCAUUCCAUCAUAGUGGGUGCCAGGGCAGUGGAGCGGUUAGCGUGAUGCUAUUACAGCUUGAGGCACAGACCAAACAUCAGAAUGAGAAAGAAAUGGGAUCUCUGUGAGCUUGACUGUGGAAUGAUUGUUGAUGCCUGACAGGCUGGUAUGAGUAUUUCAGAAACUGCCGAUCUCCUGGGAUUUUCAUGCACAGCAGUCUCUAGAAUUUACAAAGAAAGGUGCUAAAACCAAAAUUAACAUCCAUGAGCUACAGUUCUGUGAAAAUGUGCCUUGUUAAUGAGAGACGUCAGAGGAGAAAGGCCAGGCUGGUUCAAGCUGACAGGAAGGCGACAGUAAUUCACAUAAUCCCACAUUACAGCAGUGGUGUCAGAGGAGCAUAUCCGAACAUGCAUGUCAAACCUUGGGAUACAGCACCAGAAGACCACCAACAUACCUAAUCAAGUGGAGGUACCUAAUCAAGUGGCCUCUCCUACUACCACUAUCCCUGGCAAUGUGUUCCACGUACCUGCCACUCUGUUUAAAAAAAAAAAUCUGACAUCCCCUAUACUUUCCUCCAAUACUCUUAAAUUUACUUAAGUUCCACUACUUAAAUUUGUAUGUAUUGGAGCAAGAUUAUUUUUAAAAAUUUGAGCCUUUAACUGAGGCUCUUUGAACUCAUGUACAGGGCUUUAACAGUACAAGCAGCGGAAAAUCCAUGAAGGUGGUAUGGGUGAAGGACUGUAGGGUCUGUUGCCUGACCCCUCACUGCAAUUCACCUGACCUUGCAUCAUGGAACAGAACUACAGCAGCUUAAUCCAGAGGAUGCUUGGACGAUGUGGCACUGUGAAAAGUAUGUCAAUGUACAUAGAGCAGGUUGGAUCAAGCGUUAUCUAUCGCAAUAAUUUUUUGACCUUAAUUAGACCAUUUCAAUUAUUUUUCCCAUAAAAGCAUCUCAAUCAUGUUCCAUCAAGACCUCUCAGCUCUAAUAUAUCUUGGUGCUGAACAAAAAUCUCAUCAUUGGUUAGGGGCUUCUGACAGGCCAGCAAGCCUCUCAGAGGAAAUGUAUGGUCUGUGUUCAAAAUGACUGAUCCUUGUGAUGUUGCAUCCUCUCAACCCUUGCAUUCGCUUUCAAAACAAAAUAAAUCUCUGUAGGUUCAUCCCCUAGCAUGGUGGCAAGUGAAAUAUAACGGAGUGGGUUUAUAGGCAGAUUGCCAUGCACUGAUACGGUUACAGCAUGCUUAAUACAAUGGUCUAGGAGCAAGUUUUCAGCUGUCAAAUACAAGCCCUAUCCCAAGGCUCUUCUGCAGUGUCAAAAGUAAAAAGAAAAAAUGAUUAUGUCUGUUCCAGCUGGUACUUGAGUUUCAAAUCCCACUGUAGCAGUAAGGAAAUUUGAAAUAAUCUUGAAAACACCAACGGAGAUUAAUGCACUGGAUUUUAAGUUAAGAGAAAAAGAACUAGCAGCAUGAAAGUAAACUUGUGAUGGUACCCAGUCAAACUCCUCCCUGGUGAUGAAGGCCGACUUGAGGGCACUUCUGUGUACAAACAAGCAUUUGGUGGACUGGUAGGUUGGAUGGCAGUGGAUUUACGGAGCUGCAGAUACCCGCUAGAUAGAAAUGCAGCAUGCUGCCCCUUCGCCCUUUCCCUCAUCUCCUGCAUCACAACAGUGGGGCUUGACUGAGCCAAGCAGAGCUGGGAGUAAUCAGAAGACUCACACUGAGUCAGUGAAGCUGGCUGGCAGCUGCUCAUUUUCCUGCUACAGCAAUCUUGUUCAUUUCCAAUUCAUGAGCAUUCUGGGUGAUUAACAGAUCUUGGGAACAGAACCCUCUAACAUGGGGACCUACUGCAUGUAACCUUAGACCUUUCUAUGUAGUUGUUUCUUAAAUGCCUUUUAUGCAGGAGCAAUCAGGGUUGGACAAUAAACUCUGUCUUUACUAGCAAAGUGCACAUCUCGUAGUUUUUAAAACUAGUUUUAGAACUAUGACCAUUUAAUACUUAAUUCGCCAUCCCACUAAAGCCUCCUAAGUGACAGUUUGCUUCCUUAUGAGUACUAGCUUACAUUUUUUAAUCUCUUAAGUUAUUUAUUUUACUUACUGCAUUUGUAGGUACUGUAUGUUUAACAGCUCAGUACAGAGUUUACACUGGAUUCAUCUGCUGAGGAGAUACUCAAGCUGGGGUUUUAUUUUGUAGGGGUUACCUUUUUGAUGUAACCCCUACAAAAUAAAAUGCCAUCUCCUGCCUAUAAGAAGUCAUAAGUUGUAAUUUGUUUAAUUUCAAAACUGUUGCAUGGAACAUUACAUCACAGUACAGGCCCUUCAGCCCACAAUCUUCUGACCUUUCAAACUACUCCAAGAUUAAUCUAACCUUUCCUUCAUAGCCAUCCAUUUUUAAAAAACUUUUUCUUGCAUCAGAUUCUGAAGAGGGUUUGUGAAUCAUAUUUUGACUGCAUAAAAAUAAAUGCAUAUUAACAAACAGAUGAUUAUUAAAAUUGUAUAAAUAUUUCUUCCCCAAUUCUGGUUGUAUAUUGAAAUGAUGUUUUAUAAUUAAAAAAAGUAAA